AUGAGUGUUCCAGCUCCCUGGCUUGCUACCUUUGUGGAGCAGUGUCUCGCCGCAUACACGGGUCAAACCAGCCACGAGAGCGUUGACAUUCACGACGAUGGCGCAACGAUACACUUCAAGCAAAUUGGCUUCGCGCCGUUUGCCGCCAUCCUGGAGUGGGCUGUAGGUCCUUCCAACAACGGUGCCCAGUUGAUGGAUGCGGAUAACCAAUUGCAAGCGAUCUUUGAAACCAACUCAGGCAACCAAAGCCCUUUGGGGUCGGAGUCAAUUCACAAUGAGCGAAGUCCCCGGAAACAUAGAGUGCAGCUACUGGAUUUUGAACUGGCUCUCACGCACUCGUCCCCAACCCCGGACCUGCAAUUGAGAAUUAGCAAACACCGCAUAUUGUGGCAGGAGGGAGCGAUCAAGGCGCUGACGCCAUCGAAGAAGCUGCGCAAGAAUCAAAACAUCAAACAAUUGCUCGACAAAAGCCUUCGAAAAGUGAAAGCCAAGGAGAGCUCCACGGAUCGACAAGUAGCACCCAUUGCACACCAAAGACUUACAGAAGCAGCGGCUCUCGAAUCUUCUCAGCCCUUGGACCAGCAAGAUUAUGGGACACAGUCGCAUGCAGUAUUAUCUCAGGUUCAUCGGAAUGACUAUGACUGGCCACAGAGUAAUGUGCAAAUGGAUCGUCGCCUCCGACAUGACCCCCAGAACCUCCUUCAACAUCUCGACAGACCGGCUCGCAUGAUCUCGCGACAAGCACGGCCUUCGUCAGCGUACAGUGAACAGACAGCCAACCAAGAAUCUAAUUCUAAUGCUACGACCAGCAUUCAUGGGGUCGAACUAGACAGCCGCCGAUCGUCAUCGCCUUCGAAGAAUUCAAUCUCGUCUCAACCAUGUGAAGAGGCCCGAUCUGAACUCCGGGGUCUGGGACUGGAUAAGUCUUGGACGAGAGAAUCGCUUGCCUCUUGUGAUCCCAAGCGCAGUGCUCCGUCCACUACUAUAGGGCCCGCUGUACACACAAACAGCCAUCGUUCGGUCGAAAGUAGUAGAGUCACAUCCUCACGAAAAAGGCGUCAUGAUGAGCUGGAGCUUAAGGACGACACACGAUCUGAUGCGACUUAUAGGGCUAGGGUUGACUCGCCCGCUUUCACCAAAAGACAGCGUAUCGAGGAAUCUGGGCCCCGCGCUCAGCUUUGCCAAUCAAUAGUGUCUCUCCCUGAGGAUGCGGAAAUAUCCCAUCUCACACAUAUUGAGGAAGAUGCGAAUGGUCCAAGAACCGAGACUCCGGGAGACCCUGAGCCUCGUGGUCACGUUCCCCCUGGUCUCUUACAGCAAUGGAACGACAUUGCUCGAAUAAGGCACAGAAUCAGCCUCGAAGAGCGUGCCAAGGAAAAUGAUGCAGCAAGUCGAAUGAAUUCAAGAUCAAGCCCCGGGUCUACCUCGUCCUCUGAAAUCGAAAUCAGCACUCAUGAGGAUUGGCCGAGUUCUCCUGUUCGGCCACCUCCUAAUCGAUUACCUGAAAGUAGCCCUGUAAGGCAGGCUUCAUUCAUGCCGAGACAUGCAAUCUUUGAGCACGUGGACCGUCGCGGAAGCCCGAAUACCCAGGCUGAAGCGGCUGUUCAUGACGAUAAACUGGAGCCUUCGUCACAAGUCAACGGGCCUAUCGCGGCAACCAAGGAAGCACCUGAUAAGGAGAAUCCACCAGAAACCCCUUCGAUAUCUCGAUCAGGUCGAAUGAACCUCAUAAGUCAGGCUAUGGAAAUCGAUUGCGACGGACCACAACAAGGAACUCUUCAGGAUUCAAUGGUCGUCACAAACAACCCAAAUUCAAUGCCACUGGACCGACAGCCUGCGGAAACCCCACUGCAGGGCCCAUCGCAAAUCAGAAGCAAUUUACAUUCCUUGCAUCUGGAUGGCUAUGGCCAGUAUCAGCAAGAUGACAACGACAUCGAUGAUGAUUCAAGCGAUGAGGAAUCCGUCAUGGAGAAUGCGGUGCCUCUUGCGCUCGGCGAAAGCUUACCGCCGACACAGAACAGUCAAUAUGAGCAGGAAGAAAAGAUCGCGAACCAAGCAUGCUCUCAAGGGAGCAAGGAUCGCGUUCAGGUUGUAGUGACCCCUUCGUUGGGUCAUACUCGGCCACCCGAUACUUUGGAAAGCACUUCAAAGACAUUUGAUGAACGACGUCCUCAACUCUCAUCACCAAGCAACAAGAAUUCGUCGCAGUCUCGAGUGCCUAACACUUACCCAUUUGUAGGGAGUCACGAGAAGAGUAGGGCUCUUGAUCAAUCGAUGCCCGAGUCAUCACCUCCCGGCCAUGACGAAUCGCCGAUGGAGACUGGGAUCGAUGUACCUCAAACCCAGUCCAGUGGAACUGGUCUGUUCUCGCAGUGCACGACUGAAACUUGGACGCAUGGUCUCAUCCCGGAAUCCUCUGAGCCAAAUCAAUGCCAAGUUCACAACGACCGUGGGGAUUCGAAAUUGUUGAAUGGCCCUUGGAGUCAGCCUUUCACGAGCUCUGCAAGCAUGUUCACAUCACAUCCUCCGGAUUCCACCCAAGGCUCCGUAAUGAUAACAUCCGCCAAUGCUGAGGCAGAGAGUUCACCUCACAUUCCACCUGCCGGAGAUGAUCAUACCCUCCUCGCAAGCCAACCUCAGUCUACUAGCGCGAAUCCUCGGGAAGUGCGAGAUGUUCAAGAACGACCUCAGGGCACAUCAGCCACCCAAGAUGCGGAUCUUGUGGCGCAACGCGCAGGCUUUCUCAGUACCUCACACCGUUCGGUCGAGGCGCAGGAGGUGUACAGGAAAUUUCGCGCUGAUUACCCGAACUAUUUUGGAGAUUAUACCCACUUCACGGAGCUCUGUGCUAAAUUGCAAGUCGUAAGAGAGCGGGGAUUGUUGCAACGGUCAAACAUGUGGGAUGACUUUGUGAUCAAACACCUCCAGGCUUAUAUGCCCUAUCUUGACCAUUGCGAAACUCAUAUGGACCCCUCGCCACUUGACUACGAAGCGUAUUUCGUUCGCAAUUUUACCAAGACAGUGAACAAGAAGCGAAGUCUCUCGGGCUACAGCAUUGCGCUUAUUGCGUCCGAGCGCCACUCACUCGAUCAUAUGACGUCUACGCAAGCAGAUAGUCCGGUCAAUUCUGUACCGACGACUAGCCCAAAGCAAACAGUCCACGACCCACUCACAGAAAGCUUCGUGGAUAAGUUCUCCAAUCUUCAAGCACGUUCUUUCACAGAACCUGUGGAAAAUGGUCUCCCUCUAUUCGAAGAUGAUGCGCAUCUAUUGUCGACCCAAGCACCAUCCUCGAUUGAGACGACCCCGUUCUCUGUCCAGGUGAAGGUCGAGGGCACGGCAACGGAAAACCCCGGAAACUACCAUGAGAUCCUCGGUGUGCAUUUAGACCCUCCAAGUACCUAUACGCACAUCCCAGCACCUGGGUUCAAUAAAGACCACCGCAAAGAGUCCCCUGAUGCGCAGAUUCAAGCCCUCGUGAUUCCAGGACGCAGUGAUGAUAUUCUGAUGGUAGAAGCCGAGCCCACAACAGGCGAGAAUGAGGAAGUAGCGAAUACCGACGUGGACCAAGAUCUGGACGAAGACGACGAAAUCGAAACAACCAAUACCAAAGACCAGGCCAGCUCUGAAACGGGUGGGGAAGAACCCGAUGUCGAGCCAGUGGCCGCACCCGAGCAAGAACUCGAAGCCGACGACAGUCGGCACGAGACCGCCAGUGUUGAACUUGGUGACGACACGUUCCUCUCCGCCCGAUCCCCAUUAUCCCAAGAUGAGAUCCCCGAAACUCAACCCGAGGACGAGCAUGGCGAUGGUACAGAACAAAAAGAAUGGGCUAGUUGGUUCAGCUCUCUUCGUCGUACAUGGGACAAAGGUGGAUCAGAAACAAGUCCCGUUUGGUCUGAUGACCGUAAUACACCGUUCAAGUCGUGGGCGGAGGGCGACCAGAAUGUUCUGGGGGAGCGUCGACGACGGGGCGGGGCCAAGAUUCUUCUUGACGAGAAGGGGGUUAUCCGCAGGCCCGUGAAUCGUUGA